GAGCUCUUUGCUCUGCUAAGAUUGAACUCCUAACAAAUGAGAAUGAGAUAUCUUGUAUUUUUUCUCCUUAUUGGGCUUCCAGGUGCACUUCAUGCUCAAAGAGCAGCUCAGCCUUGUUCUGCUCCCAGUCUAGAUGGUGGUUAUUUUGUCCCAGAACAAGAAAGUUAUUCUCAUGAAUCUGAGAUUUCUUACACCUGUGAUAGUGGACGCAAACUAGUAGUGGAGGGAUGGUGGGCAACAAGCACAUGUCAGGAUGGAGCAUGGUCUCGUAAGCCACGAUGUAUAGAUGAAAAAGCCUGUCUUUCCCUUAAGAUACCAAAUGGAAAAUAUAAUAAAAGACGAACUGGCUGGUAUCAUGAUAGAAGCACAAUCAGGGUUACAUGUGAGGACGGGUAUGAACUGAAAAACCGGCGUGCCACAGCCAUCUGUUUGAAUGGAGCCUGGUCGUCUGUGCCUGUGUGUGAGAUCAGUAUCGAUUCAUGCGGUGUACCCCCAAAAAUCCCUCAUGCGGUCAUCAUUGGUCAGAGAUAUCAGAAGGUGUUUCCUGCUGAUUCAGAGCUUCAGUAUGAAUGUCAAGUUGGAUACACUGUGGAGAAUGCAGGGAGUAAAAAAUCCAUCAUCUGCAUGGCUGGAAACUGGAAUGAAUGCCCAACAUGCAGCAAACAAACAACACCAGAUGCUGGACACGGUGGCCCAGAAGAAGCCAAAUCAUCCAGGGGCCAUUCUACAUCUCCUGGCAGUGGGACACGAACUGGGAGUGGAGUUGACCAAUGUGGAGUCGCUCCAGUUAUUCAAAAUGAUAUUCUUGUGCAAGAACACAGAAUGCAUUUGAAAUACCAGUGUAAUGCUUUUUACACACUAGAGGGUCCAGAUACUGUGACGUGUUACAGCGAUCAAACCUGGUCAGAACUUCCCCAAUGCAAAGAGGCUUUCUGUGUUCUGGAUCUUUCUCUGUAUCGUGUGUAUGGGCUUCAGCAGACUGGAAAACUAUUGGUGAAGGAAGGAAAUACGAAGGUUGUCAGCUGUGUUCGGCCAUACCAUGAAAGCCAUUUUACUUGCAAAAAUCGAAGAAUAACCUACACCUAUUGUUGUUCUCAACAUGACCACAAUUAUGGAUACUGUCAGUGGUGGAGCUGAUUGUGGACUGCCAACAAAAAAUGAAGAUGGAAGCUUGAGAAACACCUCUAUCAGAGAAGAAGCUCUAAAACACACAUGAUGACAUAUUUAUCACUUUUGUUUUAAAACACAUUUUUUUCCUGUUUUAUAUAAAAACAGUGAGAUUUUUGACAGUCUGCAUUUUCUUUACAACAGAAACUCUAAAUGCAGUUUUAACAUGAAUCAUACAGAAUAAAG